AGAUGGCACAGUGUGAUUCAAACCAUAGUCAUCCUUUUCCCCUGUAACUGCUGACUCUCUCUCUCUCUCUCACCUAGCUCUCCGUUUACUCCUACGACCGUGGAAAACCCUCCCCUCCUUCAACAUUGACUUCCUGUGACUUUUGUACACAAUUCAGCUUCUGGCGUUUUCAAAUGGAUCCCACUGGUCGGUUUCUUCAUCUGCACCAUCCUCAACCUUUUCUCUCACCUUUCCUUCUCAAGAAUCUCUGCAACAAACAACAAAUUUCGUUACUUCCUCGAAAAUUCCCCUACUCCUUAGUUAGUUUUCUAGGGUUUCCGAUUCAGCUUCAUCCGGUUAUUCCAGUUGGGAGAUCACGAGUAUUAGUUGGCAGAUGUGCAUCGGACAAGUUCUCUGACUCGUUCCACACUGAUCUUUCUUCAAACGAUGCAUCUGAACCUCCUCAGAUGCUUGAGCAAAAGGAGGCUUCUUUUGUGACAAUUUUGAAAGGAGCAAAUUCUGUUCUUCCUCAAGUGGUCCUUGCCAGUACGAUUUUGGCUCUUAUAUAUCCACCUUCUUUCACAUGGUUUACUAGCAGGUAUUAUGCCCCAGCCUUAGGUUUUCUGAUGUUUGCAGUAGGAGUUAAUUCUAGCGAAAAGGAUUUUCUUGAAGCAUUCAAAAGACCAGCAGCUAUUUUUGCCGGUUAUGUUGGCCAAUUUGUUGUAAAGCCUCUUCUUGGAUAUCUUUUUGGCACAAUUUCAAUGACUAUGUUGGGUCUCCCUACUUCCUUAGCUGCUGGGAUCAUGUUGACUUCUUGUGUUAGUGGAGCCCAGCUCUCAAAUUAUGCCACUUUUCUAACGGAUCCCACUAUGGCCCCUCUAAGCAUAGUGAUGACAUCGUUGUCAACCGCAACUGCAGUUUUUGUCACUCCAAUCUUGUCAUUGCUUCUUAUUGGCAAGAGGUUACCUGUUGAUGUAAAAGGAAUGGUGUUCAAUAUUCUACAGAUUGUAGUUACUCCCAUUGCUGCUGGCUUGCUACUUAAUAGGUGACGAGAUGAUUUCAAAUAUCUCUUAUUAUGAUAAAUCAUACGAGUUGUUACCUAUUUUCUUGCAUCUACAGAUUCUUUCCUCAGAUUUCCAACACUAUACGGCCAUUUUUGCCUUCCCUAGCUGUAUUGGUGACUGCUCUCUGUGUUGGAGCUCCACUUGCUAUCAACAUAGAAUCUGUUCUGUCUCCUUCUGGAAUAUCUGUUUUGUUGCUUGUUAUUGCAUUUCAUUUGUCAGCAUUUAUUUUAGGAUACACCCUUACUGGCCUGAUCUUUCGCAAAGCCCCUGAUGUAAAACUGCUGCAGAGGACAUUAUCCUAUGAGACAGGUAUGCAGAGCAGUCUUCUGGCCCUUGCACUUGCAAAUAGGUUUUUCCAAGAUCCACUAGUGGGUGUGCCUCCCGCCAUAUCUGUGGUAAUCAUGUCGUUGAUGGGCUUCACUCUCGUAAUGUUGUGGACCAAGAGAGAAGUAGUAGUGAGAUGAAACAGAAAAUCCUACAGCUACUGCAUCUGCUGUCAUGGUGUACACAAGGCUCAUAAGGAGACUAAUGAGGACACCUGAAGUUGGAACCAUUUGAAGGCAGUUCGGGGCAGUAUUAUUAGGGAUGACAUUCUGGAAAUGGAACAUGACUUGUAUUGUGGAUUUAAGAAGCAUAAAAGCCAAUCUGUAAGAAUGUCAAAAAGGUCUAAAAUUUUAUACAGUGUGAAAUGCAUUUCAUUUCUCCUGUUGUAGUCAGUUUCUCGUGCAGAUGCCAAUGUAAUAAUUCUUGGGUGUAUGGUUUAA